ACGUACUGAACACCUGAUUGUCAAUAGAGUAGCAAUGUCCGGCGGUCGCAGGGAAGAAAUGGUCUCAAAGAUGGAGAACGAAGAGAAAACUUCCUCUGUAUCGAGCAGUGGAGGUGGUGAGGGAUCAUUGGACCGGCUUCUCCCCUCUGUAAGCACGGGCCUUUCUCCCCGGAAAAGGACCACCAGCCAGUGUAAGUCCGAGCCUCCACUCCUACGCACCUCCAAACGAACCAUCUACACCGCUGGCCGCCCACCCUGGUACAACGAACAUGGAACACAGUCCAAAGAGGCCUUCGUCAUUGGUUUGUGUGGCGGUAGCGCUUCAGGAAAGACAACCGUAGCCAGGAAAAUCAUUGAGGCUCUGGAUGUUCCGUGGGUUGUACUACUCUCCAUGGACUCUUUUUACAAGGUCCUGUCCCCAGAACAGCAGACUCUGGCUGCCAGUAACGACUAUAACUUUGACCACCCUGAUGCAUUUGACUUUGAUUUGCUGACACACACCCUGCAUAAACUCAAACAGGGCAAGAGUGUAAAAAUCCCAGUAUAUGACUUUACAACUCAUGGGAGACAGAAGGAGUGGAAAACCGUGUAUGGAGCCAGUGUUAUCAUCUUCGAGGGAAUCAUGUCCUUCGCAGAUAAAAAGCUCUUGCAGUUGCUGGACAUGAAGAUUUUUGUGGACACAGACUCGGACAUCCGGCUGGUGCGUCGGCUGAGGAGAGAUAUUACAGAGAGGGGAAGAGACAUAGAGGGUGUCAUCAAACAGUACAACAAGUUUGUGAAGCCAGCGUUUGAGCAGUACAUUGAACCCACCAUGCGCCUUGCUGAUAUUGUGGUGCCACGUGGUGGUGGCAACAUGGUGGCCAUUGAUUUGAUCGUGCAGCAUGUUCACAGUCAGCUGGAAGAGAGGAAACUUCGCUGGGAUAUGGCAGCCCUGGCUUCUGCACACCAGGCCCAACCCCUCCCCCAGACCCUCAGCGUUCUGGAGAGCACACCCCAAGUCAGGGGCAUGCACACCAUCAUCAGGAACAAAGAAACCAGCAGGGAUGAGUUCAUCUUCUAUUCAAAGAGGUUGAUGCGUCUGUUGAUUGAGCGAGCGCUCUCCUUCCUCCCCUCACAGGCCCACAUAGUCCAGACCCCCCAGGGAGAGGAUUAUGAAGGCCGGGCUUUCCACGGGAAGAGGAUCACAGGCGUGUCCAUCCUGCGAGCCGGGGAGACCAUGGAGCCGGCUCUGAGGGCCGUCUGCAAAGACGUCCGCAUCGGCAAGAUCCUCAUCCAGACCAACCAGGACACAGGAGAACCAGAGCUUCAUUACCUGCGGCUACCAAAAGACAUGAGUGAAGAUCAUGUGAUUCUAAUGGACUGCACUGUGUCCACUGGAGCUGCUGCCAUGAUGGCUGUUCGAGUCCUACUGGACCAUGAUGUUCAGGAGGACAAGAUCCUGCUGGUGUCUUUGCUAAUGGCAGAAAUGGGGGUCCACUCAGUGGCCUAUGCAUUCCCUCAGGUCAAAAUCAUCACCACAGCUGUUGACAAGAAGGUCAAUGAUCUCUUCCACAUCAUACCUGGCAUAGGAAACUUCGGAGAUCGAUACUUUGGAACUGACGCACCCCCUGACUGGAGCGACGAAGAGAUGGAUGAGCCCAGUUACUGAUUAAAUUAUUGGCUGUGUGCUAACUCAUUAGGUGAUUCGUAGGACAAUAUGAGGACAUAUUUGUUGCCUCUGUUGGGCUGUAACCUGUGUCCUUCAAGGGCCAAACAAGGUGCCCUGAGAAAAUAAACAGGAUAAAAAAUGUACAGUCACCUUGCUGAAAAUGUAAAGUAUAGUAUUUUAUUUAAUGUAAAUGCUGUUGUGGAAAGUUAUGUUAUGAGGUCUAAAAUAUUUUUAUAUGUACAGUAUGUUAUUAAGUCCAAAUAUUUUAUUUUAGUGUUUAAAUUGACUAUCACCGUAUCGAAAUUUGGAGGCACGUUGUUUUGGAAAGAUUUAUCUAGCCUUAAGCCGUGAACUGUGGACGACACAACUGAAUGUGAAUUUGCACGUGCGGCAAAAGAAGAAAAAAAGUCAAGCUUUAUUUUCCACAUACCUUCCUCACAACUUUCACAAAAGUUAAAUCAGAACAUGAACUCAUGUUGCUCAACUUCCAUCGCCAUGAGCACUUUCUGAAGGACCAUUCAAUCGGAAAAUGUGUAGGUGUAUCUGUCUUUUUUUAUAGCUCUGGUUCACCCCUUUCCUUCUCUGUGGAUGCUGACCUAACCAGUUGAAACGGGUGUUGAAAAUCGUUUUUCAUUAUUAUACAAGUAUGCACUUGUGGUGUAUAUUUAUGCAGCAUGUCCUUCAUUUACAUAUUUUUACUAUGGAUAGAUCUGACCAGUCAGCAGGCAAGUCAUACAUCUUUUUGCUACUCUGAAAAUGGGUCAUCUGCAUUUAACAAACACAGAUUAAGUGUUUGUUUUUUCAGUCUCACACGUCCUGAUUUAUGCCUCCUGUUUUGUAUGCAGUAGAUGGGAUUGUUUGUUUAAAAAAGGGCUGUUGCAUUGAGGAUGCGUAUGAACUCAGAACAUCUACAUGUCAAAAGGUGUAGUGUUUCACAAACUCCUGUCAGUGCCUGAGCUUUUUACUUUGUAACAGUAUUGAAAUGAAUGAGACCCGUCUGCUAAAGUUGGUGCCUAUUUGAUAUUGCCUUGUUCUUUGUUGAAAAAUGUUGACAGUUACGCCAUACACUGGGUCGCACUCCACAAUACAUUCUCCCACAUGGUUAUUUGAACUGAUACAACGAGACAUCACAAGGAGAGGACUGUUUUGAUUUUGAUUUCAGUAUGUAGUGGCUUCUCUCGUGAGGUACAUAAAUAUGAUGUUCUCUUCAACAAGUUCACAAUUAAUUAUUAUUAUUAUUAUACAGAUCUCAAUGGAUUAGUUGUAAAAAAAAAUCAAAUAAAAGAUAUCUGUUUUGACACACAUUUAUUGGACAUUUGGAAAGAAACGGACAUGUACAACAUUAAGUGGGGGGAAAAGAAAUAAAACAUAUUGAAAAUGUCAUUCUGUGCAACCUGUAGCCACAUUAGCUACAAGUACUGUUACUACUGCUGGCUCACCAUUACUUUUUCAUUUAGUCGCCUGCUACAGUACAGUAUGUACUUACUGCUGAAUACAACUGUUAGUGAGUAAUUCUGUACUGGAAAUCCAUCAAUUGUGUUUACCACUUCUGCUGCAUGUUUUCUUUUUAUAUAUUUAAUAAAGUGCAAUAGAGCUUUUAAAUUG